ACAAAUCAACACUCUUCCCUACGUCGAAAUUAAAAAAAUUGAACUGAAAGAUAACGCGUUAUGCCAUGCACUCGACUUAAUUUAUUGAAUUGGUAAUCAAGACAGUGUUCUGGGGACAUUACGUUACGUUUUCUCUUAUCCAACGCAUUUUUCUGAUUGGGGACAUUACGUCUCAUGUACUUUGUCUUCAUUCCUUCCUCAACUCUAUUUAAGCCUCCAUUGUUUCGGCAGGUUCAUGUUCUGUAUGCUCUGUGUUUUUUUCGGGGAAUUGAUUUUUGCUCGCAGAAAUUUUGGGAUACAUUCUUUUCUAUUGGUAACCCGCAGUUUGGAGGACUUUUGUGAAUUUUGAGUCCUGCAUUGGAGAUUAUCUCAGGCUGUAAAAUCUGGGAGAUCUGGUUUUUCUUUUACAGUUGGAUUUGGAAUCGAUUAUGGCUGUUGCAGUUGGAAAGGUUGUGGGUGUCAAUGCGAAUUCCAAUCCCACGUUUGUAAGAAAAGAUGGGGGAGACAAAAAAUUGUGGGGCAGAAGAAAUGUUAGGGCAAUGGCGUCUGUUAGUUGUGGGAAACUGAAGGAGGAGUAUAAGUUACUCAGAUUGGAAUCCAAUGCCAGCGAAAAGGAAGUCAAGAAAGCUUAUCGACGGCUUGCCUUGCAGUAUCAUCCUGAUGUCUGUAAAGGAGAGAAUUGUGGUGUGACGUUUCACAAGAUCAAUGAGGCCUAUCAGAUUGUAAUGUCUACUUUGAUGGAGGUAAAUAAGGAAGAGGAGUACUAUGCUGAUGAUGGGUAUAUGGGCUUCGAUGAAUGGGAAGAAUGGAUGGGAUUUGAAGGUGGUUGUCCAAGCGGAGAUUAUUCCAAUCAUAUAAACUGUUAUACCUGAUCAUCAUCAAUUUACAGUGGCAGCUGCAAUUAAUUGUCUAUAUUUCAGAGAGGAAUCUAAUUAUUUCACCUCAGCAAUUGCCAUUAUUUUUUUGA